AUGGAGAAUAAAAAGGAUAUUGAUAACAUAAAUAAUAUUAAAAUUCUCAUAGACUUACUUAAAAAUAAUAAGAGUAUUUUUGUUUGUAUUAACUGUAGAAAUAUCAAUUCAUAUGAAACAUAUAAUAAUAUUUUGCAAUUUAUAAAAGUAUAUUUGAAUAUACAUUUCUGUGUUAUUGAUAUUAUAAGCAUAUAUAAUUCCGAAAAUAUUCCAAAAUUACUAAAAGACAUAUUUUUAGAAUUCAUAAAAUAUAUUAAAAGAAAUAGAAUUUAUAAAUCUGUUUUUAUUCUACCAUAUUUUGAUGAAUGGAUUAUUCCAAUAAAACAAAGAAAAAAUGCAAACUUAGGUGAAGAAUAUAAUGAAGAAAAAAUCAAAAGAAAAGACAUUAAUAUGCAUAUUUAUAAUGCAAUUUGUUAUUUAAAAAAUAGUUUACUCAAAAAUUUAAACAAAAAAUACUGCGUUAAAUUUAUUGGUUUUCAUAAAACUAAUGAUAUAUUUGAUUUAUAUAGUGAUUUUUUUGAUUAUAAAAUAAAUGUGCUUCAUUUUAUUAAUACUCAUAUUCUUUACUAUAUUAACAUAAAUAAAAGCAUCAAACUUUGCUAUAAGGAAAAUAACUUAUCUAUAAAUUCAAUAUAUAAAAUAUUGAAUGAUAGAUUAGAUUUUAUAAAUAGUGAAAUAGAUUUGUUCAAAUGUUUUUUUAAGUACUAUUAUAAAUUUUAUAAUUUCAGGAAAAACAAAGAAAAACAAGAAAAAAGAAAACUAGAAUUUGAAAAAAUAAAAAGAAAUAAAGUUGAAAAAUAUAUAUUUGCAGAAAAAAAUUUUAACUUAAUAAAUAUUUUAGUCUCUUUGAACAAUUUUAAGUGUCUUAAGAAGUACAAAUAUAUACUUACAGAAAAAAAAAAAAAAAAAUUUUGCAUUUUUCUUUAUAACUGUAAUGUUAAUAACGUUUUAAAACUUUUAUGCAAAAAUUAUUAUACACCUUUUUUUAUAAAAGAAUAUGUUAAUACUUUGCUUAAAAGGCAUAUAAAAUUAACUAAAAAUUUUAAUUAUUCAAAAAAAAAUAAUAAAAUUUAUAGAACAAAUAAUGGUAAAGUAGUAAGUAAUAUUAAUAAUUAUCGUAUAAAAAACAGUACUAAUAUUAAUAAACAUUAUAGUAGAAAUAAUAACAGUACUAUUAAUGGGAGUAGUGAUAAUAUAAAUACAAAUAAGUUUAUUGGCCAACGUAGUUUAAAGUUAAAUCAUAAAAAUACUAUAAAAUAUAUGAAAUUCAGUAAAUUAUUGAAAAUUAGGAAGCAUUUUAUACUGAAAAAUGAUUAUCAAAAUGACCAAUAUAAUAUUUAUAAUUCAGAUAAAAAAAAUUAUAUUAGUUUUUAUUUCAGUAAAAUUAAUGUUCCCAAUACCUUAUUAAUAUAUGGAAAAAAUGGUGUAGGAAAAAGUACAUUAAUUAAAUUUAUUAUUCAUAUAAUUUUUUCGAAUUAUAAAAGUCUGUUUAUUGAUAAAAGAAAGAUCUGUAAAAAUAAUAAUAUAAAAAAAGAAUAUAUACACAAAAGCAUUCAAAACAUUUCUAUUAAUAAAGAUUCAUAUAACAGUAAUCAUAUUAAUAAUAAUAAAUUUUCUAAGUACUAUUCUCAAAUAAAAAAAAUUCAUUUAAUUGAAAAAAAAAAAAUUUUUUAUAAAUUUAAAAAUGUGUGGAUAAUUCCAUUCGAAAAUCACCUUUUAAUAAAUAAAACAAUUGGUGAAAAUAGUAAAUAUAUAAAAAAAAUUUUUUUAACAGCUUUAAAAAAUCAACCAUCUGUAAUUAUAUUUGAUAACAUAGAUUUAUUUCUUGAAAAAAAUAAGUAUUACAAAGGUUUAGAAGAUGAUCAAAACGAAGAUGUUUACAAAAAUAUUUAUAUUUUAUUAAUACAUUAUCUGAGUAUUUAUUUAAAUAAAUCUAAUAAAAUAAAAUUUAUUGCAACCACUAGUAUAAAUCCAUAUUUUUUUAAAUUUUCCUUUUUGAAUAAGAUAAAAAAAAUAAUUUUUAUUUCAUAA